CAGCAGUUUGUUUGCUCGGUUCAUUUUGUAAUGUGAGGAAGUAAAGAGAUCCCAACAGUUUCUGAUUCAACGCUCUCACUUUAAAGCACUUGAACUCGUGGUUCUUUAUGAUGGAAAAUUCGCUUUUCAUCGUACAAUGCGUAUUCCCUGCCUGUUUAUCAGUUACCGCAGUCGCGUUCAAUGCAGUAGCGAUUCUUGCAUUAAGAAGAACGUUGGCGUUACCAAAGAACUUUAAACUAUUGCUCCUGAGUAUGGCUGUUUCCGAUGUUGGUGUUGGUUUACUUGUUCAGCCUCUGUACGUGGCAAUAACCGUUUUGCUUAAAGAAAACAGCCAUGGUACUUAUCUUGUCAAAUUAGAAUAUGCCUACUUCAUCGCAGGAAAUUUUAUGUGUGCUGCUUCGUUAAUUGGAGUCACAGCUCUAGCUGCUGAUAGAUUCUUGGCAAUUCAUCUUCAUCUAAGAUACCACGAAUUUGUGACUUAUAACCGUGUUGUUUUUGUGGUGAUCUUGAUUUGGGUGUUCAGCGCAAUUAUAGGAUUUCUUCUUUUAUGGAACGUUUCGGUAGGUUUCAGCUCUGUCACUAUUAUUGCGAUUGUUUGUCUUGUCGUUAUUGCCUUAUUUUAUCUUAAGAUAUACUUAGCAGUAAAAUACCACACAGAACAAAUUGCCGCCAUACAAGCAUCCGAUGGAGGAGAGAUUAAUGAACAAAAGCAGCGGAACGCAGAG